UCAGAACAGCGAAGGAAGAGCUCUGGGAAAGCAAUUCACCCACAACACCAACGCCUCAUACCUCUGAGAAGACCUUCACCAUGAGACAGUCACUCGUGUCCGUCAUCUUCGCCGCAGCACUCUUAUUCAAGUGCUACGCACUGUCAGGAGCAUUACCCAUGGCCAAGACCGAAGAUGCCUCCUUGGAGCAGGAUACUUUUGCCUCGCUGCUGAGUGACGAAGCGACGGAAACCAGCCUCAGCGAUGCAGACAUGGCCACUGCGAGGAAAACCAGAGGGCCGAGGGUGAUCAUCGUCGCCGAUCCGAGCCUGUGGAGGGACCUGCGGGUGCUGCACAAUGGAGUUCCCCUCUACAAGCGGAGAGCUGACUCCAACGGACAGGUCGCCGAGCACAACAACGCCGGCCAGGACCAGACCAUCCCCAUCCUGAGGAGGGACAACAUGAGGUGCAUGGUGGGACGAGUGUACCGGCCAUGCUGGGAAGUCUAGGACAGUUUACAGCUCACACUGAGUUGUAAUAUAAUCCAAAAUCCUGUGUAUCUAUAUUUGAAUUAUUGCAUAUCUGAGAAUAAAAAAUCAUUUAAUUCUGCCUUA